AGAUGCUUCACGGGACGCUGAGGACGAGGACGAGCCAACAUGUCAGUCUCCAUGGUAACAGACUCAUACCCGUCCAUCGACUGGUUGGUGGUCUCUGUCACUCCGGCGGGUUCUAAUGUAACAGGAUGGCAGCGUGACACCCUGCUGGCAGUGGCCGAGGUGGUGGUGCUGGCGGUCAUCUUGGUGAUGGCGUUGCUCGGUAACGGGCUGGUGCUGGUGGUGUUGCUAAGGCGGAGACGACACCAUAACCCACUGCACCAGUUCAUGCUGAACCUCUGUCUGGCCGACCUGGUGGUGGCUCUGUUCCAGGUGUUGCCUCAGCUGGUUUGGGACGCCAAGGGCCGCUUUCCUGGCCCUGACUUUGUGUGUCGUCUGGUGAAGUACCUGCAGGUGCUUGGGAUGUUCGCCUCCUCCUAUAUGAUCGUAGCCAUGACGAUGGACCGCCACUACGCAAUCUGCUGCCCCCUGCAGGCGCACCGCAGCGGGGCCACCCAACGUUGGAACACCUUCAUACUGCUGGCCUGGGGGCUGUCACUGCUGCUCAGCCUGCCACAGGUUUUCAUCUUCUCCCGUUCAGAAGUGGCUCCAGGGGUGUAUGAGUGUUGGGGACACUUUGCUGAGUCCUGGGGCCUCAAAGCCUACGUGACCUGGAUGACCCUGGCUGUCUUCAUCCUCCCAGUCCUCACCAUCACUGUCUGCCAGGUGCGAAUCUUCAAGGAGAUCCACAACAAUCUGUACCUGAAGUCAGAGCGCCGCCUGUCCCCCACCUCCCUCCCUCCAUCUAGACGGGACAGCCAGAGAGGAGGAGGAGGAGGAGGCAGCAGAGGGAGGUCCAGUCUCUCCCUGUAUGUGUCACCCCUUGGGGAGGUAUCAGCGGCCAUGUCAAAGACAGUGAGGAUGACGCUGGUCAUAGUGCUCGUCUACUCUCUGUGCUGGGCCCCAUUCUUUAGUGUUCAGCUGUGGGCUGCCUGGGACCCCGACCCACCUCAGAAUGGUGCGGUGUUCACCUUGCUGAUGCUGCUGGCCAGUCUGAACUCGUGCACCAACCCCUGGAUCUACUCUGCGUUCUCCAGCAGCGUCUCUCCAGAGCUCCGUCUGCUGCUGCUCUGCCGCGCUCACACACAGCGCAGAAGCUCCUUACCCAACGACUCCACCGCCACACACACCUCCAACUACUGA